AUGCCGAAGGAAAGACCUACAUUGCCAGUGUCAAGCAACAGGACUAGAGUAUCACCAUAUCCGCUUCGCUCUUCCAGGACCAACAAGCCGAUCAUAGCACCCGAGUCGCCGAUUCAGACAGAAAACCCGAAAGAAUGGGAGGAUGUUCGGUGUGUAAUCUGCAUGGAACCACCUCACAAUGCUGUCCUCUUGCACUGCUCUUCCUCCUCCAAUGGAUGUCGUCCUUACAUGUGCGACACGAGUGUUCGUCACUCCAACUGUUUCAAGCAGUACCGUAAAAACAACAAGAACCGCGUAACCAAGGCUUUAAACUGCCCUCUCUGCAGAGGUGAGGUUUUUGAGACAGUGAAGGUGAAGACUGCAAGAAGAUUCAUGAAUGCUAAGAAGAGGUCUUGUUCUGUGGAUAAUUGCGAAUUCUCGGGGACUUAUUCUCAGCUUAAGAUUCACAUGAAAGCUGAGCAUCACGGUUUUGUUCCACCAAAGGUUGAUCCGUUGAGGCGACGGGUGUGGGAACAGAUUCAGAGUGAUGCAGAGUAUGCUGAAGUCAUGAGUGCAGCUGGGAUUCCGCAGGAGACCGGGGUUGUGCCUCCGUACAAUCAUCCUCAUCCGCCGGUGAUUCAGGGCGUUGGUGAAAUCAUGCAUAAUAUUUUAGGUGUGAAUCAGGCAAGGAACGGAUUUGAUGCAGCCAACUAUCCCGCAGGUCUCAUGCCUGGACUUAGCAUUCGAAUAAUGACUGUGUUUCAUGGUUGGGUUCGGUCUUGA